AUGGUUCGCGCCACUCCCGAAUACCUCGCCGCCCGUACUUCCAUGAUGUCUCUCCGAGCUCAAGCCCUUGAGCAGUCCCUGAUGGCCGCACAAGCAUACUACGCUGGCCCCCAGCAGCCCCAGCAGCCCCAGCCUGUUGCUGCCAACAAGGCUUGUGCAAAGGACCUCAAACCCGAGGCCUUCACCAAGCCAUACCUCGAGUUCAUGACCGAGAACCCAACCGUUUUCCACGCUGUCGGUUACUUCAAGGAGAAGCUCGAGAAGGCCGGCUACAAGGAGCUUCACAGCAGAGACUCCUGGUCUGGCAAGAUUCAACCCGGUGGCAAGUACUUCACGACUCGCAAUGGCAGCUCCAUCAUCGCCUGGGCUGUUGGCAAGGCCUAUAAGCCAGGCAACGGUCUUGCUAUGGUCGCCGGUCACAUCGACGCCCUCACCGCCCGCCUAAAGCCUACCAGCACCAAGCCUACCCACGAUGGCUACGUUCAGCUCGGCAUUGCCCAGUAUGCCGGCGCUCUCAACAGCACAUGGUGGGACAGAGACUUGAGCAUUGGUGGUCGUGUCAUUGUUAAGGACCCCGAGACGGGCAAGACUUCUUCCAAGCUUGUCAAGCUUGACUGGCCUAUUGCUCGUAUCCCUACUUUGGCUCCUCACUUCGGCAUUGGUAUGACCGGUCACAACAACCAAGAGACCGAGAUGACCCCCAUCAUCGGCCUCGAUAACAGCGAUCUUGGCUCCUCUUCUACCGCCUCUUCCGAGCAGCCCCUUGGCGGAAAGAACUCCUUCGUUUCAACCCAGCCUCCCAAGCUCGUCAAGCUCAUUGCUUCCCAGCUCAAGAUUGAGGACUACAGCAGCAUCCUCAACUGGGAGCUCGAGCUCUACGACUCUCAGCCAGCCCAGGUCGGUGGUAUCGACAAGGAGUUCAUUUUCGCCGGUCGCAUCGACGACAAGCUCUGCUCGUGGGCCGCCUUCAUGGCCCUCCUCCACGCCCGUGACGAUGAGGACUCUGGCGUCAUCAAGCUCGUAGCACUCUUCGACGACGAGGAGAUUGGCUCUCUCCUCCGCCAGGGUGCCCGCGGUAACUUCCUUCCCAUUACCAUCGAGCGCACCGUCGAGGCUCUUGUUGCCAACACCAACACUCUUUACCAAAACGCCUUCACCGGCGGCACCGGUCUCGGCCCGGCCUCAUGGACCAACCUGUCCGGUCACUCUCCUCGCCUGAACGUCGGUGUGGCCCUCUGCGUCGACGCCUCGGCACACAUGACCACCGACAGCGUGUCCAUGGCCAUCCUCGACCGCGUCGCCGAGCUUUCUGGCUGCAUCAACCAGAGGCACAUGAUCCGCAACGACAGCCGGUCUGGCGGCACCGUUGGCCCCAUGCUCAGCAGUGCCAUGGGUGUCAAGGCUGCGGAUGUUGGUAUUCCCCAGUUGAGCAUGCACAGCAUCCGUGCCACGACUGGUAGCUUGGACCCCGGUCUUGGUGUCAAGUUCUACAAGGGCUUCUUGGACGAGUGGGAGAAGGUUGAUGGCGAGUGGAGGGCUUAG